GCUGUUUCUGGUUUGCAACGCACAUGGACAAUAUAGCACGGAAAGUUUGGAGUCAGGCACCUCUUCCCUCUACACUCAACGUGGAUUCCAUCACAGAUUUGAGAACAGGGAUCUCCAGAGGCAACUUGAUUCAGCGCUCUACACCGCCAACCACAAGCAGAACAAUCUCUGCCCCCUGGAUCCUUUGGGCACUCUGGACCAGCCGAAACAAGAAGAUUUUUGAAAAUCGCAUAAUAUCUGAGCUAGAAACUAUUGAAGCAGCAUCUACAGCAGAAGAGGAAUGGAAGAAAGCACAAUUGGAAAAAGCACCCACUACGACUCACACACAACAAGCUUCAAUACGCCACAACACACAACAAGGCACAAAGUAUGAAGAAUCCCCACCAGGAACGCUUUUUUGUCAAACUGAUGCGGCUUGGCUUGAACAAAACAAAAAUGCUGGCUUGGGAUGGGUUGUGAUGAAUAACAACCGUGAAGUAAGCUCCCGAAGCUGCAAACCGGUGCCGUUUGUCAGAGGCCCGAGUGAGGCAGAAGCCCUAUGCAUCUUUGAAGCACUCCAAUCUCUCCAAAACCAUCUGCAGUCCAGGAUCAUCAUUGAAUCUGAUGCUAAAACUGUUAUUGAUGCUAUUGUCUCCAGGAAGCCACCGAUACACUUGAUAGGAGUCAUUGAGGAUAUCCUUAACAUUGCUGCUUCCUUUAAUGCUCUCUCCUUUAGAUUUAUUCCAAGAUCAGAAAACAUGUUGGCUGAUGAUCUUGCUAGAAAAGCCGUACGGUCGAUGACCUUAGGCCUCACAUUCUCUUUGUAACACUUUGUUUCCUCUUAAUGAAAGUUUCUUUCCCUG